AUGGCAUCCAUGAGACCUCUCAACGAGCGAAUCCUCGCAAAUCCAUACACGACGGGGCUUGUUGCCUCGGCCGUUAUUGGCUCUAUUUGGAUGAUCAAUGAUUACAAGCAAUGGAGGGCAUUCGGCACAGGUGGCACGCCGCCAAAUGUAUAUGACUCAUGUAUAGGUUCUAGUGGAUACUGCCGCAUGACUCUCUUUCGAAUCCUGUUCGCCUACCAUAUACCACGCCAAACCAAUCCCGAGACGCUGAGCACCGAGGGGCCAUCCUACCUUAAGGAAUCGCUCCCACCGCGUGCCGGCGGCCGACCAAAGCUGAUGCCGCGCAUCCUGCCCCAGAGACAGGUCCCUGAGCCCAUUGACCCGGGAACCAGAGAGCAGCUCCUAACCCUCAUGCGCCGCCUAGCUGACGAGCACCCGGACAUCCUCGAGACCAAGCCCUCUGCUACCGAGGGCAAAACUACCGACGGUCUGUACGCACGCAAGGACAACGCUAACAUAAACCCACUUGUGAAAUCAGAGACAACUCUGGAUCAUGAGAUUGGACACGCACAUCCCACUGAUAAUGGGUUGCAUGUCUGGCUGAGUGAUCCAGAUGCACGUCAAGUGAUUGCAGCUGGCUGGGGUCAGCGGUUCUGUUUGCCCAUGGUACAGAGUGGAUGGAUCAUGGUGUAUGCACCAAGGGAUAGCGCGGAGCUGAGGGUAAUUGAGGACAUUGUGAAGGCGGCCGUGAGAUGGGUAACGAAUGUCGCUAUUUAG